AGAGAUAUUGCGAAAAUAAAAAUCGCAACGAAAGCAAAAUCUGUCCUCUCCCGCCAUGGCCAUGGCCACGACCACCAACACCCAACUUAUCCUCUCACUCCAACCACGCUACCCUUCUUUCACAUUUCUUGCUGCCACUUCUACCUCUCUCCCAUUCUCUCUCGUUCGGUUUCCAUCCCUUCCUCUUUCCCUCAAAUUCCGAGCCUCAUUCUCCUUCAAGUCCCCAACCUCUACCCUCCGCUCCUUCUCCGAUGCCGAGGAAGACGAAGAAGAAUACGACGACGAAGACGAAGAAGAUGAUGAUGAAGAAGAAGAAGACGUUGCUGCCGAUGAAUACGACGACGUAUCCGGCGAGAUUUCCGACGAAGGCGAGACGCUCGAGGCCGAUGCGUUGGCUCGAUACGACGGAUUCAAGUGGCAGAGAGUAGAGAAGCUCUGCAACGAAGUUAGGGAGUUCGGCGCUGAAAUCAUCGACGUCGACGAGCUUGCCUCUGUUUACGAUUUCCGCAUAGACAAGUUUCAGCGGCAAGCGAUACAGGCUUUUCUGAGAGGUUCGUCGGCGGUGGUUUCCGCUCCGACGAGCAGCGGAAAGACGUUGAUUGCGGAAGCUGCCGCGGUGGCCACGGUGGCUAGGGGACGGCGAAUAUUCUACACGACUCCACUCAAGGCGUUGUCCAAUCAGAAGUUCCGCGAAUUCCGGGAGACUUUUGGCGACAGUAACGUUGGCCUUCUCACCGGUGAUUCUGCCGUCAACAAGGAUGCUCAGGUUUUGAUUAUGACCACGGAGAUAUUACGCAACAUGUUGUAUCAGAGUGUUGGAAAUGUUUCAUCUGGAAGUGGACUUGUAGAUGUUGAUGUGAUUGUUUUGGAUGAAGUUCAUUACCUUAGUGACAUAUCCCGUGGUACAGUCUGGGAGGAGAUCGUUAUUUAUUGCCCCAAAGAAGUUCAACUUAUUUGUCUGUCAGCAACUGUUGCAAAUCCGGAUGAGCUGGCUGGUUGGAUUGGUCAGAUUCAUGGUGAAACAGAAUUGGUAACAUCAUCAAAACGCCCAGUUCCAUUGACUUGGCAUUUCUCUAUGAAGAAUUCCUUAUUACCACUUCUCAAUGAGAAAGGAACGCACAUGAACAGGAAGCUGUCUCUCAAUUAUUUACAACUUCAAGCUGCAGGGGCUAAACCUUACAAGGAUGAUUGGUCUAAAAAAAGGAAUUCCCGUAGACGAGGAACUUACACAAGCUAUGAUAGUGACGAUAGCAUGUUUGAACAACGUUCUCUCUCAAAGAAUAACAUAAAUGCAAUCCGUCGUUCACAAGUUCCUCAAAUAAUUGAUACAUUAUUGCAACUUCAGUAUAGGGAUAUGCUGCCAGCUAUUUGGUUUAUUUUUAGCAGGAAGGGUUGUGAUGCGGCUGUGCAAUAUGUUGAAAAUUGCAAACUUCUAGAUGAGUGUGAAACAAGUGAGGUUGAACUAGCCUUGAAGAGGUUCCGCAUGCAGUAUCCUGAUGCUGUCAGAGAAACAGCUGUGAGAGGACUUUUGCAAGGGGUUGCUGCACAUCAUGCUGGAUGUCUACCUUUGUGGAAGGCAUUCAUAGAAGAGUUGUUUCAAAGAGGACUUGUCAAGGUAGUUUUUGCUACAGAAACCCUAGCUGCUGGAAUCAAUAUGCCUGCUAGAACAGCUGUUAUUUCAUCCCUCAGCAAAAGAGGUGAUACCGGACGUAUCUCAUUAAGCUCAAAUGAACUGCUUCAGAUGGCUGGGCGUGCUGGACGCAGAGGCAUUGAUGAAAGUGGUCAUGUAGUCCUCAUCCAAACUCCUAAUGAAGGUGCUGAAGAGUGCUGCAAGGUGCUGUUUGCUGGACUUGAGCCUCUAGUCUCACAGUUUACCGCCUCAUAUGGAAUGGUUUUGAAUCUUCUUGCUGGUGUGAAAGCCAUUCAUAGGUCAAAUGAAUCAGAUGAUACGAGACCUUCCACAGGGAGAACAUUGGAAGAAGCUAGGAAAUUAGUUGAGCAGAGUUUUGGAAAUUAUGUUAGUAGUAAUGUAAUGCUGGCUGCUAAAGAGGAACUGAAUAAAAUUGAGAAAGAAAUUGAGUUACUGAUGUUAGAAAUCAGUGAUGAAGCCAUAGAUAGAAAAAGCAGGAAGGCUUUGUCACAGCGACAAUACAAGGAAAUUGCAGAGUUACAGGAAGAUUUAAGGGCAGAAAAACGGGUUCGUUCUGAAUUGCGGAAACAAAUGGAAGCAAAGAGAAUAUCUGCCCUGAAACCUUUGUUGGAGGAGCCCGAAAGUGGACAUCUACCAUAUUUGUGCUUGCAGUAUAGGGAUUCUGAAGGAGUUCAACAUCCAAUUCCUGCCGUGUUUUUGGGGAAAGUUGACUCCCUUAAUGCUUCAAAACUCAAAAAUAUGAUUACUUCUGUCGAUUCUUUUGCAUUAAAUUUGGCAAAUGCAGAGCCUAGUGCUACUGAUUCUGAGUUGAAAGAAGAUCUUGAACCAUCCUAUCAUGUGGCUCUUGGUUCAGAUAACUCUUGGUAUCUAUUUACAGAAAAGUGGAUCAAAACAGUAUAUGGGACAGGUUUUCCUAAUGUUCCAUUGGCUCAAGGGGAUGCUCGACCUCGAGAAAUUAUGAGUGAACUCCUUGACAAGGAGGACAUGAAGUGGGAUAAGCUUGCUCACUCUGAACAUGGUGGUUUAUGGUUCACGGACGGAUCUCUGGAGACAUGGUCUUGGAGCUUGAAUGUUCCUGUUUUAAGUAGCUUGUUAGAAAAUGAUGAGCUACUGCUAAAGUCUCAACCCUAUAAAGAUGCCAUUGAACGUUACAAGGAACAAAGAAAUAAAGUUGCACGCCUGAAGAAAAGGAUAGCUCGUACUGAAGGCUAUAAAGAAUAUAAUAAAAUCAUAGACGCAGUCAAGUUUACUGAGGAGAAAAUCAAGCGUCUGAAGAAUAGGUCUGAACGUUUGAUUAAUCGGAUAGAACAAAUUGAACCCUCGGGUUGGAAGGAGUUUAUGCAGGUUAGCAAUGUGAUACAUGAAACCAGAGCUUUAGAUAUUAAUUCGCAUGUCAUAUUUCCGCUUGGUGAAACCGCGGCUGCGAUUCGAGGAGAAAAUGAGCUAUGGCUUGCGAUGGUUCUUCGCAAUAAAAUUUUACUAGAAUUAAAACCUGCUCAACUUGCUGCAGUGUGUGCAAGUUUGGUGUCGGAGGGUAUAAAAGUCCGACCCUGGAAGAAUAACAGUUACAUUUAUGAACCUUCUGCAACUGUGGUUAAUUUCAUAAGGUUAUUGGAUGAGCAAAGAAGUGCCCUGUUGGCAAUUCAGGAUAAACAUGGGGUGACAAUCUCAUGCUGUUUGGAUACCCAGUUUUGUGGUAUGGUUGAGGCCUGGGCUUCCGGGUUGACAUGGAGAGAAAUAAUGAUGGAUUGUGCGAUGGAUGACGGUGAUUUAGCUCGCCUCCUUCGACGGACCAUUGAUCUUUUAGUUCAGGUUCCAAAAUUGCCAGAUAUUGAUCCGUUGUUGCAGCGCAAUGCAAAGGCUGCUUCUGAUAUCAUGGAUCGGCCUCCAAUAAGUGAACUCGCAGGGUAAUCUCUAUGCCUCUGUUGGACGAUCCGUUUGUAGAUUUUGUAAAUUAAUUUCCAACCAACGCUUUUAUGAUGUUAUUAUUAUUAAUAUUAUUCAUUGCUGUUAUUAUUAUUAACAAAAGUUUAUGGAAAAGAAAAAUUGCUCCAUUCAAUUUAAAUCGAACCCAAGCUGGUCGAUGUUGUCACUUGGGCUAUUUCUGGUUGGCAUGAUAACAUUAUUGCUAUUAAUUCAUAUUUGUCAAUUUACAAUUUUGUUUAAAC